CCGCUAUUAAUUCGAGCUAGCUGCGCGCGCCGCCGAGCGUGAUCGAUAUCGCGUUCAGACAGACGCUGUAGCGCGCUCAUCAGAGCGCUGUCGCAGCGCAGCGAUCGGAGCGCUGUCCGCAUUGACGCCCUCGACGCUCAUCAGAGCGCACUCCUAGGGCAGUGAUCACAGCGCUGUCGACUUUUGAGUUCUCGACGCGGAGCGCUGUCCCAUACGCCACCGACGCAAAGGUCGUCCAGACGCCGUCGACGCGAGGAUGGCCGCCUGGUCGGCCACCAGAGACUUCCAGACGGACACGCAGCUCAUGCGCCAGCUCGACAAGUCACCGUCACAAAUCCAGGAGCUGCGGAGUAAAGCGCCCGCACCGGUGCCCCAAACCGCGCGAGCGCUCCGCGACGCGUCGACGGACCCGGUUGCGAGCGGCUUCGACGCACUAGACCAAGCGUUGGGCGGCGGCGUCGCGCGCGGCCGAGUCACGGAGCUCGUGGGCCGCGCCGGCGCGGGCAAGACGCAGGGGUGCUUGACGCUGGCGGCGGCUUGUGCUUCGCGAGGGGACGCGAUGGUCUAUGUUGAUACUGAGGGCUCGUUCCGCGCGCAGCGCCUUUGGCAGGUCGCCGAGGCCAGAGGGGCUCAAAAUAGCGAGGAGUUGCUGCAGCGCGUUCACGUCCUCAGGCCGCAAAAUAGAGAGGAAUUGUUAGCUGCUCUGGAGACCGGUGUUGUCGAGGAACGGGCCCGGCAAGCGAGAGCUGCUUUGGUGGUUGUGGAUUCCGUCGCCGCGGCGGCUCGGGGCGGCACGUCUUCCGGUAGGUCGGACCUGAUCGACCGCCAGCGCUGGCUCGCAAGGGCCGCGGCGGCGCUGAAGCGAGUCGCGUGCGGCGCGGAUUGCGCCGUCGUCGUGACGAACCACGUCAUGGCCGAUUUGAAGGCCCAGGACGGCUGCGACGCCGUGACCGCGGCGCUCGGUUUUACUUGGCACCACGCCGUGAACGUGCGCGUGAUGCUCGACCACGUGAAUGGAAGGCGGACGGGGCGCGUCGAGAAGUCGUGUAGUGACGCGGAGUCGGCGUUCACCUACGGGAUCGGUUCUGCGGGAUUGAUGGAAGCUGUGGAGGCGCCGGCGCUGUCGCCGGCGCAGCGGGAGCGCAUCGAGCGGAACCGGGCCGCGGCGUUGGCGAAACGGCGCCGGCGAUCGUGA